AUGUACAGGCAAGUAAGGGUAACAGAAGACCACGCAAACUUGCAACGUAUAGUGUGGCGAAACGAUGAAUUCGAAGAAGUUAAGAGCUACAAACUAAUGACAGUUACCUUUGGCACCGCUGCUGCACCUUACCUUGCCGUAAGAACAUUAUGUCAGCUAUCUCAGGAAGAAGCGGAAGAAUAUCCUGAAACUGCAUCUGUAAUAAAAAAUUAUUUUUACGUCGAUGAUUUAAUGUCUGGGAAUGAAGAUAUAGAUAAAACGAAAGUUAUGUGCGAAGAAAUUAAAAUGAUACUAAGAAAAGGGGGAUUCGAAAUGCAAAAAUGGUCCAGCAAUUGUGACGAAGUAUUAGAUUUUUUACAAGAGAGGGAAUGUACUAUGAAAGAAAAAUUAGAUAUAAAACUAGACAAGGUAAUAAAAAUUUAA